CUUUCCUCGGAGGUGUGGUAGAAUGUGUUUCGAGCUUGUACGUUGGACAAUGCACGUUGGAUAACCUUGGAAGGGAUGAUGAGAGGGAGGAAGACCUUCUCGUGCGUAGGUACCUGGGUAAGUUUAGUAGACCGUCAAGGUGAAGAUUAUUCGAACCCAUCAAGUAUAUAAUGAUGAGCUUCAUCCCUCUUCUUGGUGUCUGAAUCUUCUCAUCAUCAUCACAACAUCUUCUACAACAACAAUCUUCCAAACCAACAAACAAACCAAACAACCACUUUUAACCAACUUCUUCCAAACAAACCAAAUCAUUCAAAAUGGCCCCUAUCACUACUUUCAUCCUCACCACCGUCAAGGCCGGUGCUAAGGUCGAGGAGUCCUUCGGUGCCAUCGAAGCCAUCCAAGACACCAUCAAGAGCGCCCCCGGCAGCGGUGCCCUCCGCGUCGCCACCCUCCACGAGGACGCCAACCAAUACCGUCUCUUCAUCGACUGGGAGUCGAUCGAAGCCCACAAGGCCUUCCGCCAGACCGAAGCCUUCCAAAAGUUCGCCAACGAGAUCUCCCCCUUCGCCGCCAACCCCUCCACCGUCUUCCACGCCGAGCUCUCCCCCUUCCCCCCCUCCGUCCUCGACAACGCCGAGGGCAAGGGAAAGACUGCCGUCGCCGAGAUCCUAUUCACCUACUACGCCCCCACCGCCGAUGCCGACAAGAACCUAGCUCUCGCCCAGAAGCUAGCUUCCCAGCUCGCCGGUGCCGGUUUCGCCGGUGCCACCGGUGAGACCGCCGUCGGCUGGUCCGUCGAGAAGGACAUCGACUACAAGGGAACGCCCAGCCGCGCCCUAGUCGUCAUCCUCGGAUGGGAGACCGUCGCCGCCCACGAGGCCGCCCGCAACAGCGACAAGUACAAGAGCAUCAUCGCCGAGUUCCAGGGCUCCACCGAUGCCACGGGCUUCGAGGUCUCCCACGUCACCACCAAGACCUUGUAAAUUGCAAAGUCUUCCUGAUGGGACAAUAACGGCCUGGGAUAUAUAUACUCUUGUCAGCAGGAGGGGUCACUGGUCGCAAUAUAUGAAUAUAUAGAAACUUUUCCUUUGUUUUUAGAAAUGGUAUGAAUGACGAAAAUAUAGACGUUCAAAGUUGGAAAACCUUUUGCUUCUUCCUCUCAUGCAUUGCUUUUUGUGAUUGUGACUUGAACGAAUUAACAAUCGUAGAAUCCUGAGCGAAAAAGUACAUCCAUCUUAUACUAGUUUCUUCAUAAUCGGAAUAUCUUUCGGCACAGAAAUGAGAAUUCUCAAUUCUAUUAUUCAAAAUUAGCAGGAUCUAUUGGAUAUCAUACAGCUUUUGGUUCGGUCCCCUCUUUCGUGCUUGUUUCUUUCUUCCCUACCUCUUCAUCUAGGGAUUGUCCCCUAACAACCCCGACACCAUGAUCAGCCAUGUCC